CCCUGGUACUGCCAUGGCCCCGUGAGUGGCGGAUGUAAUGGCAUUUCUAGAAAUAUCUUAUUUGCUGCUGACACUCAAGAUGGCGGCAGUAGCUGUCUACAAGCAAUCUCCUACUUAAAAGUGUACGGUAAACGCAGCGUAUUUGCUGCAGAAGAUGCAUCUGGUUUAUCUACGAUUCAAAAUAAAAGAAAAUGCCUAGCUAUUAAAGGG